AUGGACUCGAGUUCGUUAACGCCGACGCGAUUGACGACGAUGACGGCGAGCGAUGGGAAACGAUAUAGCUGUGCUAUUCCUCUGAGAGAGAGUGAGAUCGAGAGCGAGUUAGAGGAGGGCGAGGUGGGAGAUUUCGUGGAGAGCGAUUCGCGCGUGGGACGGAAGCGAGGCGCGAGCGAGGCGACGACGACGACGACGAGCGUGGACGAACACCUGCAACCGCUCGAGGGACGGUGCUUUUAUUACAGUAACGGUGAUUGGUGGACGUACGAGCUGUGUUAUAAAGACCGAGCGUCGCAGUUUCAUAGGGAGGGGACGACGCGCGUGAGUUCGUUUUCGCUCGGACGGUUCGACCGAGCGGCGACGGAACGGUUGGAAAGCGAACGGAACGCCACUGGGGAUGUUGAGGACGUGGAUGACGCUCUUUUGAGCGAAGACCGCCGGUAUCACGCGCAUGUAUUCACGGGAGGGGCGAAGUGCGAGGACGUGGGCGCGGCGUACGAGGACCUCGCUAGAGAGAGCGAGGUCAGAUUCGUGUGCGCCGAGGACGGCGGCGAGGGCCUGAGCGCGGUGGAGGAACCGGCGACGUGCAAGUACAUCUUAACCUUUAGAACAUCCCUGGCGUGCAACGCCAAGGAGCUCCGACCGAACCGUCCGGAAGUCGAGCAUAUCCAGUGCUCGCUCGUAGAAGACCAAGACCAAGACGACGCGCGGGCGACGUCCGACGACGAUGGCGCGCGACGAUCGUCCGACGCGCGAGAUCGAGAGGAAUCCCAUCACGCCGUGAUGACGGACAUUCCGCAUCCCAAACCAAACGACCGCGAUGAAUUGUAA